UUGUCUCUGAGCUGCCUCUAUUGCCUGCGCGAGUGUGUGAGAUUCUGUGUGUGUGUUUGUGGCCUUAGUCGCGCCCCUGUACUUCGCAAACCAAUCUUCAAACAAGCAAACAUGGCGGAAAAGGCAGUGACUAUCCGUACCAGGAAGUUCAUGACCAACAGGCUUCUCUCCAGAAAACAAUUCGUCAUUGAUGUUCUUCAUCCAGGAAGACCCAAUGUUUCCAAGGCUGAGCUGAAGGAGAAGCUGUCAAAGAUGUAUGAAGUGAAAGACACAAAUGCAAUCUUCGUUUUCAAGUUCCGGACUCACUUUGGAGGUGGAAAAUCAACCGGUUUUGGUUUGAUUUAUGACUCUGUUGAGAAUGCCAAAAAAUACGAACCCAAGUACAGGCUCAUCAGGAAUGGACUUGAUACUAAGGUAGAGAAGUCAAGGAAGCAGAUGAAGGAAAGGAAGAACAGGGCCAAGAAGAUCCGUGGAGUAAAGAAGACAAAGGCUUCAGAUGCUGCCAAGGGAAAGAAGAAAUGAGUUUUUCAUGAUUCUUAUAGACCUGAUUUGCAGCAAUGGACUUUAUUUAAUAGCUCUAUUUUCUUCUUAGGAUUUCUCAAAAUGAAAUCUUUUGUUGUUAGCAUUGGUUUUGGUGUUUUCUGAUGUUUUGUUAUACUAUCAGAUUUUGAGUAUUAUGCAGAGGAUGAUUUUGAAAUUUUUGGCAACACAUUUCCAGAAAUGUUCCAUCAAUGA